AUGGGGACUGAGAAAAGGGAGGUGCUUCCCAAGGAAGAAAUUUCUGAAGAAUCUGAGCCUCGUGGUGGGUUGACAGUAGGAAAACUUGCCCUGGAGGGUUACCAAGGCCGUGAGUUUGGCGCAGCGAAUGAAGCAGACUUACUAGAGGGACGUUUGAGAGAGUCAUCGGCAGAGAUCAUAGAGCAGAUGUGUCCCCAGGACAAAGACUGUGCAUCAGGGUUAACUCUCUUUAAGAAGUCCUCCUUAGGUGGGAAAGGCCAGAACAACAGCGAGCGGGAGGGAGGCUUGGGCCCUAACCCGGGCGCGGUGGUGUGCCGGGGAGACCCGGCGGCAGGGGGGCCUGGCGCGUUUGCCGUCUCUGGCAUGGAGCUUACGAAAGCACCGAGGACUCCGGGCGGAGAAAAGCCUCACGCGUGUAAAGAAUGCGGGAAGGCUUUUAGUCAGAACUCACACCUCAUCCAGCACACGCGAGUUCACAGUGGAGAAAAACCCUUCGAAUGCAAAGAGUGUGGGAAGACAUUCGGAACUAACUCCAGCCUUCGGCGGCACCAGCGGAUCCACGCCGGAGAGAAGCCCUUCGCUUGUAGCGAGUGUGGGAAGGCCUUCAUUCAGAGCUCACACCUUAUCCACCAUCAUAGGAUCCAUACUGGGGAAAGACCUUACAAGUGCGAAGAGUGCGGUAAAGCCUUCAGUCAGAACUCAGCCCUGAUCCUGCACCAGAGAAUCCACACUGGCGAGAAACCUUAUGAGUGUAACGAGUGUGCGAAGACCUUCCGGGUCAGCUCGCAGCUCAUCCAGCACCAGAGGAUUCACACCGAGGAGAGAUACCACGAGUGCAGUGAGUGUGGCAAGGCCUUCAAGCACAGCUCGGGCCUCAUCAGACACCAGAAGAUCCACACCGGGGAGAAGCCCUACCUGUGUAACGAAUGCGGGAAAGGCUUCGGUCAGAGCUCGGAGCUCAUCCGCCAUCAAAGAAUCCACACGGGAGACAAGCCCUACGAGUGCAACGAGUGCGGGAAGACGUUUGGCCAGAACUCAGAGAUCAUUAGACACGUCAGGAUCCACACCGGGGAGAAGCCCUAUGUAUGCCGAGAAUGCGGGAAGGCCUUCCGGGGUAAUUCGGAGCUCCUUAGACACGAGAGGAUCCACACCGGGGAGAAGCCCUACGAGUGCUUUGAGUGUGGGAAGGCCUUCAGGCGGACGUCCCACCUGACAGUGCACCAGAGAAUCCACGCUGGGGAGAAGCCCCACCAGUGCAGUGAGUGUGCAAGGACCUUCUGGGAUAACUCUGAGCUGCUGCUCCACCAGAAGAUCCAUGGUGGAGAGAAACCUUACGAGUGUGGCGAGUGUGAGAAAACGUUCAGCCAGCACUCGCAGCUCACCAUCCACCAGAGAGUCCACACUGGAGAAAAGCCGUAUGAGUGUCGGGAGUGCCGGAAGACCUUUAGCCGGAGCUCUCACCUCCUCCGCCACCAGAGCGUCCACUGUGUGGAGUGACCUCCACACCAGGAAGG